AACUUCAAAAAUUUCAUUUAUUAAAUUUUUACGCCGUCUCGUUCCUUAUUUUUUUCUUUUUUCUUUUUUAACACUUUUAGAAUUUUAUAAAUUGAUUUUAUUUAAUUUGUUUUUUUUAAAGACUUUUUAAUAAACACGAUAUUAAAACGUAUGAAAUGGCGCAUUCUCAAGGGUAUAACGCUAGCGGUCAAUUUCUAGAAGAAGCUUCUGCAAUUGAUCAAGGAAUUAAGAAAAUUCAAGAUAAUAUCGGACGUAUUCAAAUGUUGCAAACAUAUAUUAUAGUUAGUACCUCAGACCAGCAAGCAGAUACACAUAGAAAAGAACGUGAAGGUCUCAUGACUGAAACAAAGAAUUUAUUAUUUGAGUUAAAGGAUCGAAUUAAAAAAAUCCAAUAUGAAAAUGCUCGAUUACCUAAAAAUGAUCUCAACUUAAACAUUCGUAAACAAAGACAUGAAGUUCUCCAUGAAAAGUUUACCAACGUACUUGAAGAAUAUCGAAACGUUGAGGAUGAAUAUAUGAGACACCAAAAAGAUCGAAUGGCCCGUCAAUACAGGGUGGUUAAUCCUGAAGCGAAUCAACAAGAAAUAGAUGAUUAUUUGGCCAAUCCUUCUGGUCAAUCAGUAUUUCAACAAGCAGUAAUACGCACCGGUGAAGCUAAAGCCGCGUUAGCAGAAGUUCAAAAACGACAUGGAGAUAUUAAACAAAUUGAACAAACCAUUUCAGAGUUAGCAUCUCUUUUUAGUGAAAUGCAAUUGCAGGUAGAAGAACAAGAUCCUGUAUUAGCAUCUGUUGAGGAAGAUGUGACUGAAACUCUGGUAAAAAUUGAAAAAGCCGGCGAUGCACUGACUCACGCAAAUAAAGACGCAAUAAAAGCUAGGAAGAAAAAGUGGAUUUUACUUGGAAUCAUAUCUUUUAUUGUUUUUAUUAUAGUAGUUAUAAUCAUUUUUCAAUUCAGGCAUAAGUCUUCUGAUUCUAGUGCACCACCUGCUACAACUACAACUAUAACUGCUACAUCUAAUACGCUUGCCACACCUACACCUACAUCUACCUUAUCACCACCUUAACAGAUUAAAAUUAUAUAAUUAUGUGUAAGAUAAUGUAAUUAAUAAUUAUGUAUCGUUAAAUUAUUAAGUUUAUCUAUAGCUUAUAUAUAUUUUUGUAUAUACUAUAAAUGAACAAUUUAUAAAUAUUAUUAUAAUUAAAAUAUUGUAAAUUUCUUUUAUUCAUGGAUAAAGUCAUCAUUUUAUUUGCAUGCUAAAUUUAUAGUGUCCGAAUAUGCAAUUUCUCUUUU